ACGCUGCUGCUGGCCGGCUUGAGCUUGUGGGCCAAGGUGGGCGUCUGUGUCCCGGACUACGACGACCGCGACCGCGACUACGAUUACUACGACGACGACAGGCCUGACGCCGUCGACUACAAGGACCCCUGCAAAGCUGUGUGAAGGGGGAGCAGGCGAGGCUGGGCGGUGGUGGAGACGAAACAGGAGGGCGGAGAGAAGGGGGACAUCGGGGGCAAAAGGAUUAACGCAUGGCCUGAUAUCACACCAUGGGAAGACCGUGGCAGAGAGGCCGACAGGGAGCGGGACCACAGUGACGAACGGUUCUAUCGUUGGUCGUUCAGACAGAAGCUAACUGUGCCUUUUCCACACCCCCAAAGGAGCAGGAAUCGUCUGUAUUAGGAUUGUAUGGCUUUUCGGGCAAUUGUUGUACAGUAUCGCAUAUCAAUCAAUACAUGAUGAUGUACUUAAGUCACAAAUAACAUCUCAAAUUCAACCGUUUCCUUCAAAUACAUUUCUGUGCCUAACAAUUGACCUUUGAUUUCAUGUAACUAAAUAGGUAACCAACUUCAUAAUUGACUGACUGAAAAACUAACUUGCUAACUGACUGACUAACUAACUAACCAACCAACUACUGUUGCCCGACUACGAACUAGCCAACAAAGUGGCUAAUUGACUGACUGACCAACUAACUAACUUGCUAAAUCUAUCUAUCUAUCAUCAAACCAACUUACUGACUAACUAACAAAUAACCAUCUACACUAACAAACCGAAUACUAACCAACCAACUAAAGCGACUUUCUUGAUUGAGAAGGACGCUAUACAAGAUGACGUGUUCACGUCGUGUCUUGUUGCAGCUGCAUUCUGGGGCGACAUCGCCUUAGACGAGGAAGACCUCGCCAUGUUCCAUAUCGACAGGACCGUAGACCUGACGCACAGCCUGCUGGGACACACGUCAGGUGGUCUGGAGGAGCAGGCAGUCGCGAAAAAGAGAGGCUCGUUGUACCUGCUGCUGGAGAGGAUUCGAAAUUUCGGCUUGGACUUUUUCCCCAAAUACUCCAGUCACAAGAGCCAAAGUGGCAAAAGCGGCAAGGCGGGAUAUACCACCAGGAGCCGCUUUCCUCGAGCAGCCACCUCCCGAGCCGAGAGGAUCUGGCCCGGUGGGGUCAUUCCCUACAUCAUCGGCGGCAACUUCACCGGUAGUCAGAGGGCCAUGUUCAAGCAGGCCAUGCGUCACUGGGAGAAACAAACGUGUGUGACUUUCAUUGAGAAGACCGACGAGGAGAGCUACAUUGUGUUCACCUACAGACCAUGUGGGUGUUGCUCCUAUGUGGGUCGCCGCGGAAAUGGGCCCCAGGCCAUCUCUAUCGGCAAGAACUGUGACAAGUUCGGCAUCGUGGUGCACGAGCUGGGCCACGUCAUCGGAUUCUGGCACGAGCACACGCGGCCCGACCGUGAUGACCACGUCACCAUCAUACGCGACAACAUCCAACCAGGUCAGGAGUACAACUUCCUGAAGAUGGAGCCAGGUGAGGUGAACUCUCUGGGUGAGCCGUACGACUUUGACAGCAUCAUGCACUACGCCAGGAAUACCUUCUCGCGGGGGAUGUUCCUUGACACCAUCCUUCCAUCCAGGGACGAAAACGGCGUCCGGCCUGCGAUUGGCCAGCGGACCAGACUCAGUAAAGGAGACAUUGCCCAGGCAAGGAAGCUCUAUAGAUGUCCAGCAUGCGGAGACACGCUUCAAGAUUCCACGGGCAACUUUUCCUCUCCGGGUUACCCCAAUGGCUACCCUUCAUAUACUCACUGCGUCUGGAGAAUAUCUGUUACACCUGGAGAAAAGAUCGUGCUGAACUUCACCACCAUGGAUCUGUACAAGAGCAGCCUGUGUUGGUACGACUACCUGGAGGUGCGCGACGGCUACUGGAGGAAGGCUCCUCUGCUGGAAAUGAGAUAUGUGUCCGUGUGCAUGUGCGUGUAUGCUACAGGCAGGUUCUGCGGAGACAAACUUCCUGACGUCCUGACCUCCACCGACAGCAGAAUGUGGAUAGAAUUCCGGAGCAGCAGCAACUGGGUGGGGAAAGGCUUCGCUGCCGUUUAUGAAGCCAUCUGCGGGGGCGACAUCGACAAAGACUCGGGGCAGAUCCAGUCCCCGAACUAUCCCGACGACUACCGACCCUCCAAAGAGUGCGUGUGGAGGAUCACUGUGUCCGAGGGCUACGACGUGGGCCUCAGUUUUCAGGCCUUUGAGAUCGAGCGACACGACAGCUGCGCGUACGACUACCUGGAGGUGCGUGACGGUCCCCUGGAGACAAGCCCUCUGAUUGGCCGAUUCUGCGGCUACGACAAACCCGAGGACGUGCGCUCCACCGCGCACACGCUCUGGAUGAAGUUCGUCUCGGACGGCACGGUCAACAAAGCCGGCUUUGCCGCUAACUUCUUCAAGGAGGAGGACGAGUGUUCCAAGCCGGACAAUGGCGGCUGCGAGCAGAGAUGCGUCAACACACUGGGAAGCUUCAAGUGCGCCUGCGACCCAGGCUACGAACUCGCGCCCGACAAAAAGAGCUGUGAAGCUGCGUGCGGCGGCCUGCUGUCCAAGCUGAAUGGCACCAUCAGCACGCCAGGCUGGCCCAAAGAGUACCCACCUAACAAGAACUGCGUGUGGCACGUGGUGGCCCCGACGCAGUACCGCAUCUCCAUGCAGUUUGAGGCCUUUGAGCUGGAGGGCAAUGAGGUGUGUAAGUACGACUACGUAGAGGUGCGCAGCGGCCUGUCGCCCGACUCCAAGCUGCACGGGAAGUACUGCGGCACCGAGGUCCCUGAAGUCAUCACGUCGCAGUUCAACAACAUGAGGAUCGAGUUCAAGUCGGACAACACGGUGUCCAAGAAAGGCUUCAAGGCCCACUUCUUCUCAGACAAGGACGAGUGCAGCAAGGACAACGGCGGCUGCCAGCACGAGUGUGUCAACACGGUGGGCUCGUAUGUGUGCCAGUGUCGCCACGGCUUUGUGCUGCACGAGAACAAGCACGACUGCAAGGAAGCCGAGUGUGAGCACAAGAUCCACGGCCCCAGCGGCGGCCUGAGCAGCCCCAACUGGCCCGAUAAGUAUCCCAGCCGCAAGGAGUGCACCUGGGACAUUACGGCCACGCCAGGACACCGUGUCAGGAUUACGUUCAGCGAGUUCGAGAUCGAGCAGCACCAAGAGUGCGCCUACGACCACCUGGAGGCCUUCGACGGCGAUGGUGACGCGGCAGCCAUCUUGGGGCGGUUAUGCGGCAGUAAGAUCCCCGAGCCGCUGGUGUCCACGGCCAACCGGAUGUACCUCAGAUUCAUCUCCGACGCCUCGGUGCAGCGGAAGGGCUUCCAGGCCACUCACGCCACCGAGUGCGGCGGUCGUCUGAAGGCGGACGCCCGGCAGAAGAACUUGUACUCGCACGCCCAGUUCGGGGACAACAACUACCCAGGCCACAGCGACUGCGAGUGGCUGCUGACGUCCGAGCAGGGCUACGGCAUCGAACUCGGCUUCGUGACCUUCGAGGUGGAGGAGGAGGCCGACUGCGGCUAUGACUUUAUUGAACUCUACAACGGCUAUGACGCCGAUUCGCACAGGCUGGGGCGAUUCUGCGGCUCGGGGCCCAGGGAGGGAAUCUAUUCGCCCAGCGACGCCUUGCUGAUCCGUUUCCAUAGUGACGACACCAUCAGCAAAAAGGGCUUCCACAUCCGCUACUCCAGCACCAAGUUCCAGGAGAGCCUUCACGCCAGGAAAUGACCUCCCGAAAACCUCCUCAUGGACCCAGCCCAUCACAUGGAUGUGGGCGGAGAUAUAAGAACGCCAGGGCGGAAUUGCAGACAUUUCCCGCCUAAGUCAAAGUUGCUCAUUGGAUUUGGCAACGACAAACUGUGGAUGAACUAAAGAACCUGAAAAAUUGGAAAAUGCAUCGAGCAUUUAAGUAUCCUCCAUUCUUGAACUGUACAGAUUAUUGCAAGACUAUUGAUUUUAUUGCUCCCCCCCCCCCCCCAAUUUCCUCGACAAGCAGACAUUUUUACCGCCUCCAGAAUGGCUUCAGAUGUCUUGUGUUGACGUUUAAGUAUGUAUAUACGUGUGCGUGUGUGUGUGUGCGCGCGCGUGUGCAUAGAGAGAAAAGAUAUGUGAAAAAAUGAUCAGAUCUCCGCAAAGGCCAAACAAUCCAAAAUGUCUGCUUGACUGGCGGCGCAAUUCCACUCCAGUCCUGUAGGCGGUGGUAAUGCGCAUUACAAACUGGGUGCUCAUUGCCAUCAAACAGUUUGUAUUACCACAUUUGCAUCCGCUGGAUUUGUUGGGUCACUGCCCCACUUGGCUCCUAACUAAGCAGACUGUAACAGUGAAAAAGUUAAAAAAAAAUAUAUAUAUUAUGUGUCAAUGCCCUGUUUAUCCGCAAAGCAAGAAGAGUUUAACGGCCCAAAAAGUAGGGUAAAAAUCUGGGUGGUCACUGCCCCCCAUUGUCCUUAAUGCAAAUGAACUGUAACAGCACAAACAGUAAAAAAAAAAAAAAAAAAAAUCUGAUAAGUCACUGGCCAUGACUGAAUGGCGGAAAAGUGGGCAAAAAUAUCUUGUGGGUCAUUACUCCAUUUGCCCCCAAUGCAAGCGGACAGUACCAGCAAAAAAAGUGGCGAAAAAAAUAGGUCGCUGGCCCACUGAGCCCCAAUAUAAGCAAAGUGUUAACUACGACAAAAAGUGGAAAGAAAAAAAAAUGUGUUGGGUCAUAAAAAGUAGAGGUAAAAAUUGGGGGUCACGGCCCCACUUGUCCCAGAUACAAGCAGAGUUUCACAGCCAAUAGUGGAAAAAUACAGAGUAGGUACAAAUAGUCUACAUACUACUACUCAAAGGCCAUUUUUUUGUGAUAUGCACUUUAAGAUACAAUUGCGAAAAUGUCAGGAAAAGCCUAUUAGAACUCCUGAACUUUAUUUCAGGUAAAAUAGAGCCACUUUAAAUGGUGGCAGGUGUGUGCUGACACCCAUUUAACAUGAGUUUAAAUGUGAUUCUGAACACAGCCACAUCCCGACUUUGAAGAGGGUGUGGACACUUGUGCAAACACAUUAUGUCAGUUGUUAAUUUUUAUUUCCCGUUUCAAAAAGAGGUUAUAGGUCACAUUAACAGUGGAAAACGUUUUGAAAUGAUUCAUCUUGGUCUAAUUCUUUUUUUAUUAAAACCUGGCACUUGAACAGGGGUGUGUAGACUUUUGUAUCCACUGUAUAUGGUGGGUCACUGCCCCACGGACUAUCAAGGCCAAAAAAGUACAAAAAAAAAAAAAAAUCUGCUGAUUGCUGCCACCUCUCGGUCCCGACGCGAGUGUAAUCUAAAUGCAAUUCCACUCCAGUCCUGCGGGUGGUAGUAAUACACAUUACAAAGUGGGUGCCAAAUCACUUUUCACCAUCACUGGCCUAUUUGGCCGCCAUGCAAGCAGACUGAAUUGGCUCUUAAAGUGGCAAAAUUAUUCAAGGACGCAAUUAAAUUUAAUAGUUUAACUAGUUAUGUAUUUGUGUGUAAUCGUGUUAACUAACAGAGAAAGUGCAAUGAAAAUGUAGCAUAAUUCACAUUUCAGAGGUAACAAACGGAGAAAAUGAACCCUUUCCUUAAAUUUUUUUUUUUUUUUCCCUCAAAUUUUUGGGGUGGCUAUGGAAAAGGAAUAUCUGUUAGUGCUACAAGAACGGGCGUGAUGGACAACACUAGCCCUGUGGAACUACUUUAUUGCCUUAGUACUCCAUGGAUGCUUGGUGUGUCACGUUUUCAUGGUUGAAUGGUUUUGGGUUUUUAAAAAAAGAAGAGGAAAAAAAGGAAAAGAAACGAUGGGAUAGUAUAUAAGAAGGAAGAAGUAUUAGGGCAACACUGAAAAAAAAUUACACAAGAAUUAAAUCUUUUUUGAAGAAUAGUCUUUUUUUUCUCUCCCGAGAAUGACAAUUUACAAUAUUUUGACUUUUUUUUUUUUUUUUUUUUUUAAAUAUGAAAAAUAUUCCCCCAAAAAAUUUCUUGAAGACUACGAAUUUGUUAACGAAGUAUUAUAUUUAUUUCUUGGAAAAUACUUUUUUUUUUUUGCAUUAAAACAUUUUCUAAAAAAUAAUUUAAAAAAGCAUUUUAAUAAGAUGACCACUUUUUUUCCUUGAAGAAAUUUGACUACAGUAUUCUCGUAAGAUUUUGACUAAAUUCUUGAUAAAACAUGACUAUUCUCGAAAGUUUACGACUUUUUUUCUCAAAAACAUACAACUUUAUUCUUGAAAAAAAUGUGGUUUUAUUCUUUUAAGAUUAUAUUUUAUUUUUGCGAAAACAUGUAAUUUUAUUGUCCAAUGUUACGACUUUAUUCUCCAACAAAAACAAAGUUUCUGACUUUUUCUUUAUUUGUGUAUGUCACAAAUCUGGUGAGACUGAUUUUAUUCUUGAGAAAAUACAACUAUUUGCGUAAAAUUAUGACAUUUUCCUCAAAAACAUUUUAUUCUAAAAAAAAAAAAAAAAUCUAUUUUAUUCUUGUAUGAGUAUCACAUUUUUUUGUGGAAAAAAAUAUAAUUUUAUUCUUGAAAUAUACAACUUCAUUAUUGAAAGAUUCCGACUUUUUUUGCGCUAAAACAUAAUUUUGACUCCAAAAUAUUACGACUCUUUUCUCCAACAAAAAUAACAAAGUUUCUGACUUUUUUGUUUGGAAAAAAUACUGUCUUUAAUUUGUGUUACAGUAGAACUUUUUGACUUCUUGAAAACAUUUUGAAAAAAAUAAGACAGUUUUAUUUAUGUAUGAUAAGUUGUUGUUUUUUUUCUAGAAAAAAAUACAUGAUCAGAUAAAAGCCCCACGCUCCUCAAAAUAAAUCUGAUUAUUGUCAGGUUACAGUGCUUUUUCUUGAAUAAAUUCCACUUCAUUUUUCUCCCCCAAAAAAAAAAUUCCUUUCUGACUUAAUUCUCGUAAACGGCAAAUAGGUUUCUACUUGUAUAGUGCUGUUCUACCUUGGAGCGACUCAAAGCGCUUUCCUCAGCUACUGAUGACGCGGCAUCAGGAGCAACUUGGGGGUUUUCAGUGUCCUGCUCAAGGACACUUCGACCUGGUCUCAAGGGCUGAGGGUUGAAUCGAUAACCUUCGGGGUGGGAGACAACCACUCUCCCACCUGAGCCAUGUAAGAUUGGGACUUUGCUUUCUAAAUGAUUCAACUUUUAUUUUCGUAAGAUUGCAACUCAAAUUCUUUACUCCCCCCAAAAAUUUGAAAACAAAAACAAAACAAGACUUUCUCAUGAAAUGCGUAAUUCGUGUAUGGUUAUGCCUUUUUCCUUGAAAAGAAAUCUCAUCAAAUUCCGAAAGAAAUCUGACUACUGUAUUCUCAUAAGGUUACAAUACUUUCUCUUGAAAAUUGUGCCUUCAUUCAUGUAACAUCAUGCCAUAUUUCUCCAAAAAUACAAAUUCAUUUAUGAACGUAUGCCUUUAUACUUGUACGAUGUAACUUUAUUAUUGAAAAUAUUUCAUGACAUUCUCGUAGGAUUAGGACUUUUUCUUGAAAAACUAGCAAAAAAAGGAUUUAUUCCCAUAAACGUUAUGACUUUUGUUUCUCAAAAAAUGAAAUGCAAUUUACUCGUAUUAUGUAUUAAGUAGUACUGUAUAUAUAUAUAUAUAUAUUUUUUUUUUUCCUUUCAGAGUGGCCCUAAUACUCCUUAGUGUCCUUUUGUAGCUGCUCUACAUGCUUAUGAUCCAAACCCAUUCAUGUGCGUUUCCCUGCACAUUCCCUUCCUGUAUAUUGUACUUCAGUGUGUUAUAGGAGAUGAUGUAUAAAGCGCGCAUGUGUGUAUGUAAAAGGUUUUUAAGUGGAAUGACAGCAAAUCGACCUACGUGCCAAGCUUGAGAAAAUCCCCAUCCAGUGUUUUAUUAUUAUUAUUAAAAGUCUGUGUCUGUGACGCCGACAUGUAAUGUCCUCUCCAUCAUUAAAUACACACAGGUUGAAAAGA